UCUCUCUUUCUCUCUCAUUAAGCAUCUUCUUCCUCGUUCAAGAAGCCAAACAGAGAUGAUUCCAGAGCAGCAACUAAAAAUCAUCUUAGUACACGGUGCUUGUCAUGGAGCUUGGAGUUGGUACAAAGUGGAGGCCGCUCUGCGCUCCGAUGGCCAUUCUGUUCUCUCAUUAGAUCUUGCCGCAUCGGGCAUCAACAAAAAGAGAAUGGUCGAAGAUGUUUUCACGUUCGCCGAGUACUCCCAGCCUUUGAUGGAAACUUUGGCUCAACUUCCAGAAGGAGAAAAAGCCGUCCUUGUCGGUCAUAGCUUAGGAGGACUGAAUUUGGCUUUCGCUAUGGAAACUUUUCCUCAAAAAAUAGCCGUUGCUGUCUUCGUAUCUGCUUUCAUGCCAGAUACUCUUUCUCCCCCUCCAUCUGUUUUUAGUAAGCUUGGGGAGUCUAUUUCAGCUGUUGCAUGGAUGGAUACUGAAUUCGAAGAGGUGAGAGUUCCAAAAAGAGAAGAACCAUUCAUCACAAUGUUGUUUGGCCCUCAGUUCAUGGGAAAGCAUCUGUACCAACUUUGUGCUCCUGAGGAUUUGGCUCUGGCAAAUGCACUGAUAAGAACUGGAUCACUGUUCCAAGAGGAUCUGAAGAAGGCUCCCAUUCUCUCUGAAGAAGGAUAUGGCUCAGUUGAUAAAGUAUACAUCGUCUGCAAGCAAGAUGCAGCCAUUACUGAAGAUUACCAGCGUUGGAUGAUUAGUAAUAAUCAGGUUAAGGAAGUGAUGGAGAUUGAGGCAGAUCAUAUGGUCAUGCUUUCGAGGCCUCAGGAACUUUGCAAACACCUCAUAACCAUUCUUCAUAAAUAUAUAUAAAUCUAUCUGCAUAAUAUUUAAUUUAUGUGUGAAAUACAUGUCGGGGGGCAUUAUGAAUAAAUAUAUAUUUAAAUGUAUCGUCGUCUUUUAACAGUGAGAAGAGAUUGAUUUGGAAGUCUUCUGAUUGUUGCUCUUAAUGGAAACGAU